GCGCGCAGCGCAGCAAGAUGGAGGCCGCGCGGAGGCCGCCGCCUGGGCCGGAGCAGCCGCCGCGCCCGGACACGCCGCGCCCCGGCGCCUAGGCCGCGCCCGCCGCCCGCCGCCCGGCCCAGCUCGCGCCUGCGGCCGGCUGCCGGUCCCGCCCCUGGCACCAUGCUGCCCUCGCAGGAGGCCUCCAAGCUCUACCACGAGCACUACAUGCGGAACUCGCGGGCCAUUGGCGUGCUGUGGGCCAUCUUCACCAUCUGCUUCGCCAUCAUCAACGUGGUGGUCUUCAUCCAGCCCUACUGGGUGGGCGACAGCGUGAGCACCCCCAAGCCUGGCUACUUCGGCCUCUUCCACUACUGCGUGGGCAGCGGGCUGGCCGGCCGCGAGCUCACCUGCCGGGGCUCCUUCACCGACUUCAGCACCAUCCCGUCGGGCGCCUUCAAGGCGGCCUCCUUCUUCGUGCUGCUCUCCAUGGUGCUGAUCCUCGGCUGCAUUACCUGCUUUGCGCUCUUCUUCUUCUGCAACACCGCCACGGUCUACAAGAUCUGUGCCUGGAUGCAGCUCUUGGCAGCCCUGUGCCUGGUUCUGGGCUGCAUGAUCUUCCCCGACGGCUGGGACGCCGAGACCAUCCGGGACAUGUGUGGGGCCAAGACCGGGAAGUACUCCCUGGGGGACUGUUCGGUGCGCUGGGCGUACAUCCUGGCCAUCAUCGGCAUCCUCAACGCCCUCAUCCUCUCCUUCCUCGCCUUCGUCCUGGGCAACCGGCAGACAGACCUUCUGCAGGAGGACCUGAAGCAGGAGAACAAAGACUUCAUGGGCGCUACAGUAAGCUCUGUGCUGCGGCCAGGGGGUGAUGUCUCCGGAUGGGGAGUCCUCCCCUGCCCUGUGGCUCACUCACAGGGACCCUGAAGGCCGAGACUCCAGCCUAGGAAUUGGCCUGACCUCAGCUUGUCCUGUCACCUGCCCUCGCGUCCCUCUGUCCAGACCCUGAGGGAAGAUCUCGGACUGACUUAUCAACUACAGCCAGCCUGGGAGCUCCGCAUUGUGAAGAGAAGACAGGGCCAGUCUGCACUCUGGCAGAGGGGAGGGCCCUGCAGACCCGGGGGGCGGGGGGCGAUUCUGGGUCUCAUCUCAGGGACCUGGAUCCCCCCUCCCUCGGCUUCUUCUCGCUUCUCUAGACUGGUCUGCGGAUGCCUAGGGAAGGGGGGCACCCUGGUUGUGGCCCCCAGCCUUUCCCAGUCUGGAAGGCUGCGACCCAGCUGUGUCCUUGCCUCCUACAGAAGCUGAUUCAUGACACUGCCCCAGGUGGGCUGGACUCUUUCCUACUUUUUAUUUUCCUGAUGAUGGUUCCACCACAUCUGCCACAGAGCUCCAGGUGCCACCAGCCUUGCCGGGGCUGCCUCUACCCCUAGCCCAGCCCAUUCCCAGGACCCCAGAAGAGGGUGAGCUGUGCCAAGGGAGGAGCAUGGGACCUCACUGUCACUCGCUGCCUGGAGCCGGAGGAGCCCUGAGCUCGAGAACAGACUCAGGCUCUGGGGAGGGCGGUGCCGGCCCGGGCUGCCUGCCGGGACAUCUCAGCCGUGACUGGACCCUGACGCUGGCCUGUUUUGUACAGCACAGACUCUUUGGCCCUGCUGUCAGGGUUGGGGAAGGAGUCCCCAGCAGGUGGGGAGUCAGGGGAUGCGUCGCCCCUUCUGCCCCUCUCAUGCCCCGUGCCCGGGCACCUGCCGACGGCACAGACUCUCUUGCCUCUUUGAUACUCUUCUGCAUAACUUGAACUUGCAGGUCACCUCUGAACAGGGUACCCCUGUCCCCACUCCUGGGCCUUGUGAACGCACCCCUGCCUCCUCCUCUUAUCCUGUUCACCUGUCACCUUGUGCUAUGCCCAGGGUGUGCAGCUGUGGGCAGUGCUUGGAGCUGAGGCGUGAGUGAGUGUGUGUGCGUGUUUGUGUUUGUGAGUUUGUGUGUGUAUUGGAGAGUGGCAGAGAAGUCUUCUCCUCAACCCUGCCCUACGGUGGGGCUUCUCCAUCCCCCUCAGCUGUGUGGGAGACUCCAGGCAUCUUCUGAACACCCCACAUUACCUGGUGGAUUUGGUGGCAGCGCCAUCUAUCUGGGAGCCCCCUGGCCUGUGGCUGUGCAAUCCUGCCAGCAUCUGGUCUGGGGCAGCAGACCAGCUUCAUUUUGGGUGCCCACUGCCUGGCCCACUGAGCAGCAGGCUCACCUCCCAGGCUGCCAGGGAAGUGUGCUGUUCCUGUUGGUCAUGUGUGCCUCCACCAGCAGGGAGGAAAGCAGCUUGAGGGCCACAUCUGUGCCACCCUUGUGUUCAUUUCCAUGGGACUUGGACCUGAGCAAGACCAGAGUGUGCACAGCCCCCAUCUGGAACCCACUGGCGGCAAGCGCCAGGUCCGGUACGGUUCUAGCCCUGGUUCCGCUGAGCCCCCAUCCCACCUCCUACACCUCUGCCAAGGCCCUCCCUCACCUGUGCCCCUGCUCGCCCGCGGGUGCGCUGCGGUGGGACAGACAGCAGGGGGCGGAGUGAGUUCUCCAGAGCGCAUUCGGAGCCUAGGGUUGGACGGACGGACAGACCCAGCGAUGGAAGGCAGCGAAUGGGUGGCCGGGAAAGAGGAAGCGGAAGGAAGGGGGACCAGAUGUGUCGGAGGAGACAGAUGCAGGGAUCUGGAGACCGGAGCAGAGCUGGGGGAGUGAGAGGAAAAGAGGCUGAAGCCCAGGCCUGUGUGGAGAGGACUCCGAGGGCGGAGGAGGGGGUGAAGGGCAAGGAGCAGCAGGCGCGGAGGCCAAGGAGAGAGUUCGCGGGGGCCGGGACCGAGGUGUGCAGGGAGAAGGGAGGGACGGGGAGGCUGCCCUGUGCGCAGUGAGAGCCCGGGCAGCUUGCUUUCCAAGCACUCCUGUGCUCUACUGGAGGUUAGAACUGACCCCUGGAGGCCCAGGGCCUGAGCGGCCCAGGCUCCAUCCCUGCACUCCAGAGGGAAGCCGAGUCAGGCAGUGUUAGUGGGGGGAGGAAGAAGGGCGGGUGUCCUUUUUGGGUGAUCUGACAAAGCUUCCACGCCGCCCUGCUGCUGCAUGGGUGGAGAAAGGGGCAGCCUGGAGAUAAUCGAGGGGCUUAGGUUCAGGAGAACAGGAUUGGGUGGGCUGAUGUUUGGGGGCACCCCAGGGUUGCCCGGAGGGAGGAGUGGGGAGCGGACCAUAGAUAGCCCUGCCCUGGACGAUUCAGCAGAGAUGGGACAGAGCAGGUGAAGAUGCUUUCACCUAGCGCACCCAGGGCCCCUGCAGCACUGUGCGGAGGGCAGGACUUUGGUUUGUCUGUGCAGGGCCUGCAAAGUGGCUUUCAUCUUUGGGAAGAGACAAAGCGAGGUCUGGGCCGGGAAGGCCUCUUGGGUGCCCACCGAGACGCUCCAGGCUUUAGGUCUCUGGAGGAGUCACUUGCCCAGGCGGAGGAGCUCAGGAGGAGCUGGCACCACCGGCCUCUCCAUCCUGGACUGGGGACUAUUUCACGAAAAGCAGGAGCCACACUUGGAAGCACUUCGGCCUCUGGUCCGUGGCACUAAACCAGCCUUCCUUACUGGGGCUGUGGGGGACGAACAUUCCUUUUGAGGACCAGAACCUGUGGAGGAGCUUUUCAGCAAGGCUGUGGGGGAUGAAUCUCUGGCCUCCUGAGAUUCCUGCUGGGUCCCAGGAGUCACCCUUCUCCAUCUUCCAGUGUGAGCUUAGACAGGGAGUCUUCUCUGGAGAAGCUGGGAUCUCCCAGCACAAGAACGUAUGGGCCCCUGGCUCAGGGCUAGCUUUUCCUGAAAUAGAGGAGUCACUCCUUUCCCAGGGCUCUGAUGGACAGAUCCCCAAGGGUCGAUGCUGUGUCACCAAGGAUGGUUUACUGUCAUCUACACCCCAUUAGUAAGUUCUGUCUGAAUGUGUCCUUACUGUUCAUUGUCCGAUUUGGUAAUGUUUUAUUUUGGUCCUGUCCCCUUCUGCUGCUGCUGGAUUUGAGCUUCAGUGCAGGUGGAAUGGUGUUCAAAUAAAGAAACACUUUAUAUCACC